AUGCUGCUGCUGCUUAUGUUCCUGGCAUCACUCUGGCACGUCCCUCAGACCAAGGCAGGGCCAUCUAGGGUCCUAAGGUCCAGUUCCCGAGACAUGAUCAAGGGGCUGGAAUGGUUGAUCCGCUAUGGCUACCUUCCCCAACCCGAUCCCAGAGCAGCAAGUCUUCAAAGCGAGGAGGAGUUAUCCGUUGCUGUUAGAACAAUGCAAAGGUUUGCAGGUGUGCCGGUAACCGGGAAACUGGAUCGUGAGACUUUGAAAAUGAUGAACAGGCCUCGUUGCUCUCUCCCUGAUUUCAUUGGCACCUCGGAGUUGAUGCGACGUCGACGUAGGAAGAAACGCUAUGCUCUCAGUGAAAGUUCCUGGAAAAAGACUGACUUGACGUGGCACAUCCGUUCCUUCCCUCGUUCCUCGCAAAUGUCCCAUGAUCAUGUCCGGAAUCUCAUUUUCUAUGCUUUUCAAGCUUGGAGCAAUUCUUCAGCCUUGACCUUCAAAGAAGUGUCUUCGCAGCAAGCAGACAUUGUGGUGGAUUUUGUGACCUCUUAUCACGAGGACACAUACCCCUUUGAUGGGCCCGGAGGCACCCUGGCCCAUGCCUUCUUCCCUGGAGAAUAUCCCAUUUCGGGUGAUACCCAUUUUGAUAUGGAAGAGACCUGGAUUUAUGACCCACAGAAUGAGUCACCAGGCCGUGGCACAGAUCUGUUUGCUGUCGCAGUGCAUGAGUUUGGCCAUGCCUUGGGACUGGCUCACUCUUCUGUUAAGGAAUCCAUCAUGAUGCCAUAUUACCAAGGUCCUGUUGGUUUGCCUCACCGCUACCAACUUUCUAUAGAUGAUGCCAUGGGAAUUCAACAAAUCUAUGGUAGGCGGCAUCAUAGUUCAUAUCCAGAUCAAGAUAUUCCAGCACCCCCAGUUCCCACAGCACCCCCGAUCCCAGACUUACCACCAGACAAGCCGAGAGAAAAACCUUCCCUGCCAGCAUUUGAACGUUGUAAAGCUGGGUUUGAUGCUAUUGCUAAUAUUCGUGGCGAAGUUUUCUUCUUUAAAGCGAGAUAUUUUUGGAGGAUACAGCCAUCCCAGAAUCUGGUUUCUAUGGAGCCAGCCCAGACCCUCCGCUUCUGGAACGGACUCCCCCCAGAUUUUAAGGCAAUUGAUGCUGCAUACGAACGUGCCAACGACAGCCAGAUCGUGUUCUUUAUUGGGCCCUACUACUGGGUAUUUUCUGACACUCAAGUCAAUCAAGGUUAUCCCCGUCCCACAUCUGAUCUGGGACUCCCUCCUGGCACCGUAGUUGGGGCUGUUUUUGUUUGGCCUCACAAUGGUAAGACGUACCUCUUAGAGAAGGACCGCUAUUGGCGCUACGAUGAUCAGCUGGGGCAUGUGGAACCAGGGUAUCCCAAACCUGUCACCCUCUGGAAAGGAGUCCCUUCUGAUCUGGAUGACAUCACUCAUUGGAAUGAUGGCCACACAUACUUCUUCAAGGAUACGCACUAUUGGCGCUUUAAAGGUGGCAAUGUGGAGGCCGAUUCAACCCAUCCACGCUCCAUUCCCCGCGACCUGAUGUUUUGCUCAGAUUUUACCACCAUCUCCCCCAGAGGACCAAGAACUGGGCAGAAAGGGGAGGAUGGUUUAUGCCUCUGUGGGGCAAGUGGACAAAUCAAAAACUCCUUCUUAGCUUGGAUCUUGAUUCUGCUUUGGGUGAUAUGCUGAUUGCUAGGUUAGCUACAUGACUAUGCACUUUACAUUAUAAAGAGGAGAUGAAGCAGUGGGGAAAAACACGGUAUUCCCCAGCAAAAGGUGAAAAGGGAUAUUUUCCUCUUUAUUCUUUUGGUGCUCUCAGUAUCCGAUACUGACUUGGAAUUCGUUCCCAUGCUCAGUUUCUGAAAAAGAAGUGCUUAACCUUAAAACUAAUUGGAAGUUCUGGACCCUAAUUGUGAAUGUGUGAUAAUAUCAUUUCUCAGGGGUGAAAGAAAUGCAUUCUGUGCAUGCUCUGGGGUGCUGACCUUUCUGAUCCUGUCCUAUACCAGAAAGCUCAGAUUUACACAAAUUACGUGAGACCCUUUAUGUUUUCCCUGAUGGGAAGCAGAUGAGUGUUUUUGUCAGAGUGCGCAUAGUAUGACUAUGUGAGACAACCCAGGAGCAAAUACAGUAAACAGAGGUUUGUAUUUAAAUAGUGGUUUUAUCUACAAAGAAUACAUAGACAUACUUUAGUCAGACCUCAAACAAACAGCAAUCAGCAAUUACAGCACCAAAGCACACAUACAGGGAGAUCCGCCCCAACAGGGCCUCUUCUUGUUACAGGUAUCAGCCCAAACACCUUGCUGACUCAUUCCCAAUAUUACAUCAUUGUAGCAGCUGGUCAGCUCUUAAAUCAUUACCUUUAUAGUUUAGCUCAGAAUUGGCUUCAGGAUGUCACCAGAGGUGGGAGACCAGAAAGGACCCACCUUUUAGAAAAAUAAGUCUAGUCCAGAAGCCUCCAAACUUGGCAACUUUAAGACUUGUGGACUUUCUCAGCAAGCAAAGGAAUUCUGGGAG